AUGAGUUCUUCUGUUCCGCUGCCAACCGAGAGCCAAUUACGCUCGAUGAACGACUUUUGGAACAACUACGCUGGAUGUCUGUACCAUAUGUUCAUCAAUCACAGCCUCGACUGGCCCACGCCCACCGUCGAAUGGCUCCCCGACGGGGAGGAGCCGGUGCGGUCGCAUUAUACUGUCCAGAAACUGAUCGUCGGAACUCGCGCGGCAGGGAAUGCACAGAACAGCCUUUUGCUCGCUCAGGUUAGGCUGCCUCGCGAGGAUAAGAAGCCAAAGAAAAAAUCCAGUUCUUCUGUUGAGCUUGGGAAGAUAGAAAUAGUGCAGCAAAUAAAUCAUGAUGGGGUAGUUAACCGGGCUCGCUACAUGCCACAAAACCCAAGUAUUGUUGCUACCAAGACAGGAAGUGCUGAGCUUUUCAUGUUUGAUUGUACCAAACAUCCAUCGAACCCUCCCGAGGAGGGUGUUUGCAACCCUGAUUUGAGGUUAACUGGUCACAAAGAUAAAGGGAAUGCCUUGUCCUGGAGUCCACUGAAGCAGGGUUAUUUGUUAAGUGGCUCAGAUGAUGGUCAAAUUUGCAUAUGGGAUGUUAACGCCACUCCAAACGAUAAGGCACUUGAGGCCAUGCAUAUAUUUGAUAUUCAACAUGGAUGUGCUAAGGAUGUAGCUUGGCAUAUGAAGAAUGAGAACCUAUUUGGUUCUGUUGGUGAAGAUAACUAUCUGCGUAUAUGGGAUAUACGCACUCCAGUGAUCAAGCUUAAUCAAUCUGUACUUUCUCAUGAAGCUAUGGUUAACUCCCUGGCAUUUAAUCCUAUUAAUGGAUGGGUUGUAGCAACUGGAUCUUCUGAUAGGAAAGUCAUAUUGUUUGAUCUGCGCAUGAUUUCUUCUUCUCUCCAGACCUUGGAUUGUGACAGGGAGGAGGUUGACAAUGUUAGGUGGAGUCACAAGCGUGAGAAUAUUUUAGCUUCAAGUAGUGGCAAGAAGCUUCUUGUUUGGGAUACUAGCAGGAUUGGCCGCGCACAAACCAGUGAUGAGGAAAAAGCAGGACCCCCGGAGUUUGUCUUUAUUCACUUUGCCCACUUGGAUAGCAUUACAGACUUCUCAUGGAGCCCAACCGGCCCAACCAACGAUUUGAGUAUCGCCAGUGUAGCCAACGACAGCAGUAUACACUUAUGGAGGAUGAAAGAAGAGAAAUGA